AGGAACACUGCUGCAAUCCUGAAGCAAAACCUCGAUAGGAUGCUAGAAUACACUUGCUCUGGUAUCAAUUCUACAUGUAACAUGACUAACGUGGAUCUAAGGGCUAGAGCAAUCAAUCCGAAACACGCAGGUGGACUGGAUAUUGUAUUUGUAUUCGACGCCUCAAGUAGCAUCAACAAACUAGACUUCAAACUUGGAAUACGGUUCGCUCAAGAGUUAGUUAAGCAACUUGGAUCAACGUGGAAACCUGGAGGAACUCACGUAGCUGCCUUGACGUAUGGCACCAAACCUCAGAUGGAAUUCAAUCUUGGUGAUGCGUCUACAGACUCUGCUGAUAAAGUUAUUCGUCAACUUGAUAAAAUAGAUCGACUCGGAGGGGGAACUGCAUCACAACCCGCUUUGGACAUGGUAAAAACAUUARUUGCUCCUCAGACUCGUGAAGGAAGCCAGAAAACCUUGUUUUUUAUCACAGACGGGCGCUCCAACAUUGGUGGCAGCCCAAGGAAGGCUGCUGCAUAUCUUCGUGAGAAGAAAGACUUUGAGAUUUACGCCGUUGGAGUUGGUAAGCAAGUGAGACACAGAGAGUUAAUGUCAAUCGCUUCACAUCCUGAGGAUAAACAUGUACUUGUUGUGAAAGAUUACGGAGAACUACCGAAAAUGGUCCGACAGCAAUCAUGGUUAUGUGGCAGGGUGGGGUGCGACACAGGUUCUUCAACAAGGUCAAGACGCACUCCCCAAUAAAAAGAUUUCACAGGUAUUACUGCAUUCAGCGUUCAAGGUACAAAGCAACGUAACCUGUAAAGAUGCAACAAAAGAAUUCUUCAACCCUUCCGUAACCUUCUGCGCGGGAGAUGGAAAGGGCGGCAACGACACGUGCACAGGUGACUCCGGCGGUAGCUUUGUCAGAGAGUCAAAACAAAGCGACGGGAAAUGGCGAUGGGUCUCCACAGGGUUGGUAUCGUGGGGGGAGGGCUGCGGAUUGAAAAACAAAUAUGGAUAUUACACACGAGUGGAGCCAUUUGUAAACUGGAUCAAGGAAACUAUACAAAAAGACCGCGAAGAAUCGGAAAAAUGACAAAGCAAUUAUAUUUAUGAAUUAUGAAUAACUUAGUUUUAAAGAGCUUUCAUAAAGACAAAACAGCUAGUAGCGACGAUAAUAAUCCAUAAUCAAUCAAAGAUCAAUCUAAGAGGGAUUCAAAAGUUAGCCGAGCCUUUAUCUCAAUGGCAGACAGUGAGUGUGCAGUAACAAAUAGGUACUUUUCAUUCACACCUAAGACAGUCACUAACAAGUAUCUAUCAAUUGAAA